AUGGUUGUAUGGUACGCAUUUCCUCCCCCCCCAUCUCUCCCCUCUCUCCCCCACCCAGUCCUGGGCUGCAGGUUCUCUACGCCCAGGAACGUGCUGAAGGUCAGUAAGAAGCGGGCGCUGUCUAUCUCCCCGCUGUCAGACAGCAGCAUCGACCUCCAGACCGUCAUCAGGACGUCACCCAACUCCCUGGUCGCCUUCAUCAACAACUCGCGCUGCAGCUCGGCAGCCAGUGGUUCCUACGGACACUUGUCUGUCUCGGCCAUCAGCCCGGCCUGCGGAUUUGCUCACACCAUGUCGAACCCCGUCUCAAAACACCAGCCGUUCCUGAUUCAGCAGCCGGGCGUGACAUCCAGCAUCGGGCACACGCAGCCACUCAGCCACCCCUCGCUGCUGUGUAGUACCCGGCAGCACCAGUUCGGCGGACCUGAGAUGUUGGCAUCUCCUCACCUCCACAGGACGCCCAAGCCUUGCCAGAUGAAAGUGGAAGCGUCCGUCACCAGCACAAUGGAUCUAUUGAACAACGGCAAGUGCCUCGAGGAGGGAGAUGUGUCUAGUCCUGCCUCGACAGGAACGCAGGAUCAUUUAUUGGGGGCGAUGGACGGAAGAGACGACCCGGACAAGGAUGACGGAAAGCAGGAGCCGGAGAUCGUCUACGAGACGAACUGUCACUGGGAGGGCUGCGCCAAGGAGUUCGACACUCAGGACCAACUUGUGCACCACAUCAACAACGAGCACAUCCACGGCGAGAAGAAGGAGUUCGUUUGCCACUGGAGGGACUGCUCGAGAGAGCAGAGGCCGUUCAAGGCCCAGUACAUGUUGGUUGUCCACAUGAGAAGACACACGGGGGAGAAGCCGCACAAGUGCACCUUUGAAGGCUGUAACAAGGCUUACUCCAGGCUGGAAAACCUGAAGACGCACCUGAGGUCCCACACGGGGGAGAAGCCGUACGUUUGCGAGCACGAGGGCUGCAACAAAGCCUUCUCGAACGCCUCCGACCGAGCCAAGCAUCAGAACAGGACCCAUUCCAACGAGAAGCCCUACGUGUGCAAGAUUCCGGGCUGCACCAAACGCUACACGGACCCCAGCUCGCUGCGGAAACACGUCAAGACCGUGCACGGGCCCGAGGCGCACGUCACCAAAAAGCACCGCGGAGACACGAGCACCCGGCUACACCCGGGGCAGGACGGCCCGAGGCCGCUUCCUGGCCUGGGCGCUGACCUGGCAGCCGACGGCACAGCCCACGCCAAGCUGCCGGACUGCAUGCAGGGCACACUGAUGGUGCCCAACCCUGCCAUGAAGUCCCAGCCCAGUCCCGGAGGCAGGUCGUCGAGCAGCAGUGAGCGGUCGCCCCAGGGCAGCGCCAACAACAACGACAGCGGGGUGGAGAUGAACGCCAAUGGCGGGGGAAGCUACGAGGACCUGACCAACAUCGACGAGGUGCUGUCCUGCGCGGUCGAGCCCCCCGCCCGCCCGGGGCUGCUGGAGCUGGGGCUGAGGAGGAACGGCAGCGCGCUCCAGCGCCUGGAGAACCUCAAGAUCGGCAAGCUGAAACAACUCCGCAAAUCCACACCCCCCUCCUCCUCGCGGGGAGUCAAGCUGCCCUCCGUGCAGGGGAACGGUUCUCACGGAGACACAUCAAGCACGUACGGAGGUUCUCUCCCUCCCUCUCAUCGGAUGGCGGACUUUUCGGCCAAAGAUCUGACCGCGAGGAGCCAGCUGAGCGAGCGACGCGGGAGCCUGGCCAGUACCUUCAGCUCGGCUUACACGGUCAGCCGGAGGUCCUCGGCCAUCUCCCCCUACCUGUCCAGCCGGCGUUCCAGCGAGGCCUCCCAGGCCAAUGCCAACCCUUUCGCCUGCGCCGAUCCAUGCGAAGACCCCUCGCCCUCCCCCGACCCCGUCCAGAGACCCCCCGAGGCGGGGCAGUGCGUCAGGCUCCCGGCCUUGUCCCACUUCUCCCCGCAGCAGCAAUACUGGCUCAAAGCCAAGUACGCCGUGGCCACGGGAGGCCCACCACCGACUCCCCUGGUGACCGGCAGCACGGAGGAGGCGGCCGGGCCCUCCUUCCCCAGGGACGGGCACAGCUCCGGGUUCCCCCCGCCCGCCCAGCCGCGACGGAGCAGUGAGGGGGGGUUCGGGGGUUACCCGCACGGCCUCCCGCGGCCUCACAACAUCCCUGGGAUCAGCUCGAGGCGAGCCAGCGAGCCGGUGUGCGCCGCCAUGGCCUCGGACCCGCUUCUCUCCCUGCCCAAAGUCCAGAGGUUCAACAGCCUCAACAACAUCCACCCCGACCGGCGGAGGAACAACAACAGCAGCAGCAGCAACAACAACCAUCACCACCCUCUGCAGCACUUGGCCGGUUCGGAGCCCAACGUCCACAGGCACUUGUACUCGCCCCGUCCUCCGAGCAUCGCCGAGGACGUCUUGAUGGAGACCCUGGCUAUGGACGCCUCAUGCCAAGCCGACUCUCUCCCGCCCGAUGACGUCAUGGGCGGCUACCAGUACCCGAGCUACCGAGAGGCCAGCGCCCCGCCCUUCGGUGGCCCCCUCGCCUGCCCCCACCAGGCACGAGGGUUUCCGGGGCGCUUGGAUCAGAUCCUCUACGACAGCCCCGUUCGGAACCUGGCGGACGGGCACCCUGACCCGGGCCAGCGCGGGCUGGCGGACGCCCGACCAGGCUACGAGGGGAACCCAUGCCAAAUCAGCCAACCGGGCCACCCUUUCCCGAGCCCGUGCCGGGCGGAGAGCCUACCCGUUCAGUGGAACGAGAUCAGUUCGGGCAGCUUGGACAUCGGCGCCUCCCAGAUCCCGAGCCGGCUCCAGUGCCUGAAGCGCUCACAACAAAGUCCGCACUCCUCCCACCAGCCCCUCUCCUUCCCCCAGCACAACGUCGGCCUGCCUCCCACUUCCCUGAGCCCCCAGAGCGCCUUCUGCGCCAACCACCCUCCCCGAGCCAACGCCAACCCCAACCUCCUCCACCCGCAGCAGGUGAAACCCGAGCAGCGGUUCCACCAGUCGUCCUUCACGUCGCUCGAUGACCCGCGCCGAAACCUGAAGCCAUCGGGUUCGCUCCGGCCCGGGUUCCCCCAAGCCAAGCAGGGGCAGCUCAGCCCCGGGGGGUUGAGCUGCGGUUAUCAGGAGCAGCUCGGCAGCCCACCCCGUUCCUGCUUCGAUGCGGCCCCUCCGAUCGCGGGGUGCCCGUUGCGAGACCCCAGGCGGACCGGAGCCCACACGCCGCUGAUGCAAGUGAAGGAGAUGAUGGUGAGAAAUUACGUUCAGUCACAACAGGCCCUCCUAUGGGGGCAGCAGCCAAAGAACUGUAGCCUUGAAGCCCAGAUGCCAAUCAACAUGGACGCCUCACACAUCGGUCCCUCCCAAGCCCUGCUCAGCCCGUCCCCGCACACUUACAGAGUUCAAAAUCAGCCUUACACUGGGACAACUUACAUGAACUGUCAGAGUCAACCAACUCAGUCCAAUCUAUCAAGCCCAGUUUCUCAGGAAGGUCCAAGCCAAGGUAGGGUUUUGAUGAGCUCGUGCGGUCAUUGCUUCGGUCCUGAAAUGUUGCCCCAGCCUCCUCCCCCAGCUCACAAGCCGGUCGGCCGGCAAAACAGCCUGACUCACCAGCAAGGCUACUUGAUAAGCCCCGGCCUUAGCUCGGUGGAAGCCAGCCCGAAACGACUGACUCACCUUCCGCUCGUACGGCCCCCGGAACCUCCCGAAGACGACGGGACGAUGUUCUACUCGGACCGGAUGCUCACGAGGCAAGGACCGCCCAUCUCGCUAAAGCAGGUGCCAAACCCAAUGCAGAUGAAUUUACCUCAAGCGAACUGUUCGAUUCAACAGCAGCAGCAUCAGAUGAUGCCAAGCCUGGAUCUGACCAAACUUCCCUCCGCUGUUUAUCCAGAGCCCGCUCAGAUAUCUAACGCCAUCGACACCUUGGACCUGGAGCAAACGCAGAUUGAUUUUGGAGCCAUUAUGGAUGAUGACGCAGACCAACCUUCCUUGAUAUCGGACGCUUUAAUGAGUCCGAGUAUUCUUCAGAACACCUCGCAAACGUCCUCUCGUCUCACCACGCCCCAUAACCCCCUCAGUCUGCAGGCCGGCAUGUCCAACAUGGCGAUAGGAGACAUGAGUUCCAUGCUGACCUCACUGGCAGGAGAGAGCAAGUUUCUCAACACCAUGUCUUAAUCUGUCGUUCCACAGAGCGAUGGUCCGAGAGAAUUUACGCACCUAGCCUUUGGCUGAUGGGAAAACGUAGGAAAGCUGACCACCGCAAGACAUGUGGAGGUGUUUGGAUUGCCAGCAACUCUCGACUCUCUCUCACGCCUCAACGCACAUACCAUUCACACUUUGUAACUCGCUCCCCUCACUUAUAGCUGAUAGGAAAUGAAAUGGUCUGUCUAAAUCUGGGAGCACAGUGCAUGGAGCACAGGAACAGGAGUACAACGUCACUCGGCCCCUGGAGCCUGUUCCGCCAU